UAAAGUACGUCAGAAGUAGUCAUAAAGUAACAAUAAAAUCAAAUCUUGCAGUUGACUAAUAAAGGGUCUCCCCCAUAUUUUUCUCCGGCAAAUCUUAAAAACGCAUGUGUUCUUCUUCUUCUCCGCACUAAACGCCGUCGUUUCUUUAGUCUCCAACAUUGUUUUUAAACUGCUUACCAAAAUCCCUCCCACACGCAAAUCUUACAAAAGCUCUUUUACGCUGAUGGAUCUCACGAGGGCGAGGAGUCCAGUGUACGCUCGUCAAUGGAGCAGAUCAUCUAACGGAACAGAAUCGAGAUCGCCAUCGAUGUCUCCCGCUCACCGGAAUCAGCUCGGUGGCGGUGUUGGUGGUUUAUCCACCGUUAAACGGACUCAGAACGUAGCCACUAAAGCCGCGGCUCAACGGCUAGCCAAGGUUAUGGCUUUACACAACAACGAUGAUGAUGAUGAUGAUGACGAAUUCAAAUUCGCACAACCUUCUUCUGGAGCUAUCAACGGUUCCUUCGCUCGCCGUAAUCGAUCUCAGUCACCUGCGUUAGGAAGAAACAUAACAGAGCAAGUGAGUUCAGUGCGUUCUUCAUCUACUGGAAGACCAUCAACGUUUGGUAGAUCCUUAGCUCCGAACGCGUCUCCUGUUUGGAUGCCGUCGUUGAAACCUCCGGUGAUUAUUCCUCCAAUUGAUCAUUCAUUUAAGGGUAGAGAUCAAAGAUAUUUUGGUGAUUUAGCACCACCCGUAGUAAAUUCCAGAGAUAAUGGGUAUCAGCGAGAAGCUUCAGCUCUUCGUGAUGAAGUGGAUAUGUUACAAGAGGAGAAUGAGAUUGUACUGGAGAGGCUUUACCAUGCAGAAGAAAAACGUGUGGCAGCAGAAGCCAGAGCUCGAGAGCUGGAGAAACAGGUUGCUUCUCUUGGAGAAGGAGUGUCUUUAGAAGCCAAAUUGUUAAGUAGGAAGGAAGCGGCAUUGCGGCAAAGAGAGGUUGCUCUUAAGGCUGCUAACGAGAAAAAACAUGGGAAAAAGGAGGAACUUGAUUCCCUCCGCGCAGAACUUCAGAGCCUGAAGGAUGAGGUCGUAACAGCAGCCGAAAGGCUUCAAGAAGCAGAGUCAGACGCAAAGGCACUUCGUACAAUGACUCAAAGGAUGGUUUUAACACAGGACGAAAUGGAGGAAGUAGCCUUGAAGAGAUGCUGGCUUGCCCGGUAUUGGGGUUUGGCAGUGCAGCAUGGCAUUUGUUCUGACAUAGCACUAUCAAGGCAUGAAAAGUGGUCUGCUUUGGCCCCUCUUCCAUUUGAGCUGGUCAUUUCUGCAGCACAAAAGGCCAAGGAGUUAUCUCAGGAUGAAGGUGGGAGUGAUCAGAGCAAAACUGCCAGAAUUUCAAGUGAUCUGACUGGAGAAGGAAAUAUCGAAAGCAUGCUUUCAGUUGAGAUGGGUUUGAGAGAACUAGCAUCCUUAAAGGUUGAGGAGGCUGUUAUGCUUGCAUUCGCACAAGGGAGAACACCGAGUUUUGUUCGUCAAGAUUCUUCAAAAGGUCAUGGAGAACUCAGGUUUGUAGAGACAUACGAGAUAAAAGAAGGGGAACAAGAAGAUGUUGCCUUUAAGCAGGCGUGGCUGAUGUACUUCUGGGGUAGAGCCAAAUUGCAUGGUGUGGAAGAAGACGUUGCUGAUGAACGCCUGCAGUUUUGGAUCAGCCGUAGCGAAGGAAAAUCCCCGACUUCUCAGGAUAUCGUUGACGUGGAACGAGGUUUGUUAGAGCUAAGGAAACUAGGAGUAGAGCAACAAUUGUGGGAAGCUUGUCGCAAAGAAACCGAUCAGCUUCUUCCAUCUUCUUCUCCUACAUCUACUCUCUCAAAUCACAACCUCAACUCUUAAUUUAUACUUUGUAGAUAUCAAUAGCAUUCUAUUAUGUAAACAAAACAUCUUAAAGUAUUAUUAAUCCCCAAAAAAAAAGAGAGAGCUAAAACUCUAACCAUU